AUGGCGACCAUCAAUCCCUUCAAACUCCUUGGCACCGACGACAACGACGACCCCACGCAGCUGUUGGCCGCCGCCGCGGCAGCGAAGCAGAAGGCCGAGGAGAAGAAGCAAGCGGCGGACGCGCAGCCAGCCCUCGCCAAGUUUCCGACCAAGCCUGCUCCCCCCGCCCAGGCCGUGAAGGAGUCCCGCAGUGGUGGUGCUCCCUCCCAUGGAGGUUACAGGCGCGGCGAACGUGGUCGUGGGACAGGAGGGCGAGGAUAUGAUCAGAACCGUGACUAUGGCAGCGAAGAUGCUAAUGGGUUUCAGGGAGGAUAUGGUGCUCGAGGAGGUGCCAGAGCUGGAGGCGAAGAAGGCGCCCAGGAUAGAGAGAGGGGCCCUCGUCCACCCUACGGUGGCGGUGGCGGAGGUCGGCGGGGUGGAUACCGUGAUGGUGAAUUUGGUGAUGAUUCUGAGAGGCCACCUCGGAGGCCCUAUGAACGCCAUAGCGGUACUGGCCGUGGGUUUGAAAUGAAGCGCGAGGGUUCAGGCCAUGGGAACUGGGGAACUACCACUGAUGAAAUUAUCGCCCGGGAAACUGAGGAAGGCCUGAAGCUGGAUGAGAAGGCCCCUGUUCCUGAGAAGCAGGGUGCACCGGAGGAUACUCCACAGGCGGAGGAGAACAAGGAGAACAAGGAUGCCACAGCUAAUGAGGAAGAAGAGAAGGAAGAGGAUAAGGAGAUGACUCUUGAGGAAUUUGAGAAAAUAAGGGAGGAAAAGCGGAAGGCACUUCUUGCCCUUAAGACUGAAGAGAGGAAGCCACUUGCAUACAAGAAAGGAAAUGAUGAAAUUUUCGUAAAGCUGGGUUCUGAUAAGGAUGCUCUGAAGAAAGAAAAUGCUGAACGUGAUGAACGCGCAAAGAAGUCGGUGAGCAUCAAUGAGUUUUUGAAGCGUGCUGAAGGAGAAAGGUACUAUGGCGGGCGUGGGCGUGGCAGGGGCCGUGAAGACCGUGGAGGGUUCAGAGGGGGAUAUGUUGGGGGUUAUCGCGCUCCACCAGCUGCUCCUGCAAUUCAAGACCAAUCUCAGUUUCCUUCCCUUGGUGGGAAGUGA